CCUCAGCUUCGGUUGAUCGAGGAGCCUGAGCUUCGGAACCUCAUUCAUUCAAACUCACCCAUCCUCCACCUUCCACUGUUGUAAACCUCUUGAACUAGUUCAAACUCUCUUGUCUUUCCUUGCUCAAACUCUCCAUAAUUACCUUCCUUUCUCAUCACUCACGAUCUUUCUUCCAGCGAUCAGUGACAACAGGUGCGAAAUUUCUAUAAUUGGCUUCAACGGCUCUGUCUUUUUCAGCGAGAAUCGGUUAUUCGUGGUUUGUGAUCCGCGAUUUUUCUUCCGUGGUGGACUGGUCGUUGCUACAUGCAUCCAUCACCGGAUUGCUAAUGUAGCAGUUUGAUCUAGCUAUUUGUUGCGUUUCGAGUUAAUUUUGCUUCUGAUCUGGAAACUAUGGCGCAGAGUAAUUGGGAAGCAGAUAAGAUGCUUGAUGUUUACAUUUAUGAUUAUUUGGUGAAGAAAAAGUUGCACAAUACUGCCAAGUCAUUCAUGACAGAAGGGAAGGUUUCUCCCGAUCCAGUAGAAGGGAAGGUUUCUCCCGAACCAGUAGCAAUUGAUGCUCCCGGUGGUUUUCUCUUUGAGUGGUGGUCUGUUUUCUGGGAUAUUUUUAUUGCAAGGACAAAUGAGAAACAUUCUGAGACUGCUGCAGCAUAUUUAGAGGCUCAACAGAUUAAAGUGAAAGAACAACAACAAUUGCAAAUGCAGCAGAUGCAACUAAUGCGUCAAGCACAAUUACAAAGAAGGGAUUCUAAUCAUUCUUCCCUUGGAGGUCCUGUAAAUGCUAUCACAACAGAAGGAGUGCUCGGGCAAUCUACUGCAAGUGCUUUGGCUGCAAAAAUGUAUGAGGAGCGGAUGAAGCACUCUAACCCCAUGGAUACAGAGACAUCCCAACCACUUCUAGAUGCUAGAAUGACACUUUUGAAACCAACAAACCAUCCUAGUCAAAUGGUUCAAGGAAAUUCAGGAAGUGUGACAGCAGCUUUGCAGCAAAUCCAGGCUCGAUCUCAGCAAACCCCUCAGGAGAUCAAAAGUGAAGUCCACAUGGGCACCAUGCAGAGAUCCUUGCCUAUGGACCAUUCUUCAAUUUAUGGGCAGGGAGGAGUGCAGUCAAAGCCUGGAAUCACAAAUGCAGGAUUAAAUCCCGGAGUUGGUGGUCUCACAUUGAAGGGAUGGCCUUUAACUGGCAUAGAUCAAAUUCGUCCUGGCUAUGGAGCACAAGUUCAAAAGCCUCUCCUUCAGAAUGCAAAUCAGUUUCAGCUUUUGCCACAACAACAACAACAGAUCCUUGCCCAGGCACAAGGAAAUAUAGACAAUUCCUUGAUGUAUGGAGAUAUGGAUCCACAGAGAUUAAGGGGAUUGGCUAGGGGAAGUUUGAAUGUGAAAGAUGGUCAACCAAUUACAAAUGAUGGAUCAAUAGGAUCUCCAAUGCAAUCCACAUCAUCUAAGAAGAUCAACAUGCCGCAAAUCCAACAAACCACUUCCCAGCAACAACAAGAUCCUUUGCAUCCACAGCAACUGGUGCAGAAUUACCGAAAAAGGAAAGGACCUACAUCUUCAGGAGCUGCCAACAGUACUGGUACAGGAAAUACACACGGCCCUUCUAAUUCUCAACCAUCGACUCCUUCUACUCAUACUCCUGGGGAUGGAGUAGCUAUGGCGGGUAACUUGCAGAAUGUCACUGGUGUAUCCAAAGGAUUGAUGAUGUAUGGUACUGAAGGAACUGGUGGUCUUACAUCUUCCACAAACCAGCUGUUGCAGGAUGACAUGGAACAUUUUGGAGAUGUUGGCUCCUUAGAUGAUAAUGUGGAAUCAUUUCUCUCACAGGAUGAUGGUGAUGGAAGGGACUUAUUUGGCACGUUGAAACGUAACCCUUCUGAGCAUGCUACAGAUGCUUCAAAAGCCUUUUCCUUUAGUGAAGUUGGUUCUAUACGCAAAAGCAACAGCAAAGUUGUUUGCUGUCAUUUCUCUUCAGAUGGGAAAUUAUUAGCUAGUGCUGGACAUGACCAGAAGGUUGUUCUGUGGAACAUGGAAACACUGCAAACAGAGAGCACACCAGAUGCACACUCUCUUAUUAUUACUGAUGUUCGUUUCAGACCGAAUUCAACUCAACUGGCAACGUCUUCAUUUGAUACUACUUUGCGGCUUUGGGAUGCUGCAGAUCCUAGCUUUUCUUUGCAGACAUAUAGUGGUCAUACUUCACAUGUGGUGUCCCUUGAUUUCCACCCAAAGAAAAAUGACUUUUUCUGUUCGUGUGAUGAUAACAAUGAGAUUCGCUACUGGAAUAUUAAUCAAUGUUCCAGCACUCAUGCUUUUAAGGGAGGAUCUACCCAUGUAAGGUUUCAACCAAGGACUGGACACCUUCUGGCUGCAGCAUCUGGCAGUGUUGUGUCUCUCUUUGAUGUUGAGACUGACAGGAAGAUGCACACAUUACAGGGACACUCUGCAGAGGUACAUUGUAUAUGUUGGGAUACAAAUGGAGAUUUCUUGGCAUCUUUGAGUCAAGAUUCUGUCAAAGUGUGGUCACUUGCUACUGGGGAUUGCAUUCAUGAACUUAAUUCCAGUGGAAACAUGUUUCAUUCUUGCGUGUUUCACCCAAGCUACUCUACACUCUUGGUUGUUGGAGGAUACCAGUCACUGGAGCUGUGGAAUAUGGCCGAGAAUAAAUGUAUGACAAUACCAGCUCAUGAGUGUGUAAUAUCGUCUCUAGCACAAUCACCACUGACAGGGAUGGUGGCUUCUACCAGUCACGAUAAAUCAGUAAAAAUUUGGAAAUAAAAUUGAUUGUUCUGGAGUUACAAAACCAGGCCAAAUAAAGAACAGGGAUGAAUAAAUCAGAGAUAUACAUGGGAUAGAAGAAUCCUCCCCCCUCAAAAAAAAAAUUCAGUUUCCUUCAUUGUGUGUGGUAUGGGGUAUUUGCAUUUUCUCUGUUCACAGGGCAAAGAUUGGCUCAUUUUUCUGUGCUUUAAUUUUAUUUAUUUGCUUUCAGAAAUAUCACAUUAAAAUCAUGGUUGCCAACCAGAUAUUGGGGAAGCGAGAGUUUUUUCAUUAUUAUUGUCUCCUUUCCUAUAGAUGUCCAAAAUGUAUGGUUUUGUAAGUUCAUUGUAUUUUUACUAGGCUUAAAUAUGCUUGGGGUCCCUAAGAUUGUAAGAGGAAUCAAAUGGGUCCCUGAAAAAAAUUUCUUUGAAA